AUGCUGUCCGGGGGGAAGGCUCCGAGCUCGGCGUUUGGCCCGAACCCAGAGUACUCCCCCCAUGCCGAAGUGAUCCACGAUGCUGCUGCGAGUUGUCCUCUCCGAGAUGGAUAUCAGGCACCUUUCCAUCGAAAUCACCCCCCUAGUGUUGAUGCACUGUGCCAGGUGUUGCGUGCAAACCUUGGCCUGAGAGGUGGAUUUAUUUUACAAUUUGAGGACCCUGCGUUCAAGGAUCAGCUGACCAAUUUGACCGACAUCCGAGACCUUCCUGAGGAGAGAGCAACAUUGAAAGUGUUGUUCACAACUGACGCAGCUUGCUCGGAUUCCACAUUGGAUACAGCCAGCCUUCCAUCUCUCAGUAGUGGGGAAUCUGACUCCCAGCACUGGCCUGAGCCCUUCCCGAUUCCAGAGUUCUCACAUGAUGUUGAACUCACGCUGCAAGAAGCAAAUGGAAGAUAUGCAAAAUAUGGAUCUGUGCUGAUGAUUCCUAAAGGUAUGAAAACUGAUAUCCUGGACACACUUGCAGACAGCAUGUCAAAGAUUAGUCCUUAUCCUGAGAGGCAACACUAUGAGAAUGUUGCCAAAGCGCUUGUGGAGAAGCAUCCCAGUCUAAAAGAGCCAGGGUGUGGAAAGGGUUGGUACGGCUGGUUCCACAGCCUGAAGUUUAAGCUCGGAAACUAUCGACAGAAGUUAAGUGCAGCUGGAUGCCCAGAGGUGAGGGUCAACAAAAGAAAAGAAGAAGCCAAGGGACCACGUAUGAAGAAGUCAAAGAAGGGCGAGGUCCACUACUGUCCAGAUCCCCCUGAAGGACUGAGUGAUGAAGACAUGGAAGAAAAGCGGAGGAUGAUGGAGGUGGAAGUGCUGAAAAAAGAACCAGAUCACCAGCAGAUAGAUGAGCUGAUGUCUGCCACGUUCUCCAAGCGCAGAAAGGAGAUCGUAGGGCAUCAACCUCUCAUUGGGGAUGUCAUAGCUAGAUGGCCGGCCAUGUUCUGUGAGAGACAGGUUCGGGCAGAGUUCAAAAGAGUCGUAAGCACAGACCUUCUCGAGUCGUUCCUCGACGGACUUGAUGAGCUGGCACCAAGACUGCUGGAAGUGUACGAAGCUGCGACAAAGUCGGCAAAGAAGCCUGCACUGAAAGCCAUUUUGGACUGUCUGAAGAAAGACGACACAAACGAAAGGAGAAGGACUGCUGCUCUGCUGGGUCUGCCACACUACCUAAGAGAAGAGCCAUCAGACAUCAUCAGGAUGUGUGACGCCCAUGGUGAGACUCUUGCUGAAGCCAUGGAGGGGAUGCAACUUGGCCUGUUGAUAGGCUAUGAAGGUGACAACCAGGAUCCCUUUCCACAUGAGGUCUUCAAUGUGGCUGUUGUGGUUGAGGGGACUGUUGUGCUUCACAACUUCAAGGAUGUGCCAUCGAGCUUUGCCAUGCUUUUGGGGAUCAUCUACUGCGUGAACCUUGAGUAUCCACGAGCCAUGAAGUAUCCCUUUGAGUUCCUUCAGAGGGUAGUGAUGAAGAUCAAACCAGAUCAAGCCUCUGCCAGAGUCCACGGCAUCCGAAACAAGCUCCUGAGGUAUAAUUUGUAAAC